CCUCAUACCCUUUGACUUUCUUACCUUGGUAUAUAUAGUCAGUGAGGCUAUCAGAGUUCUCCUGGCAGCCAUCAUGAAGGGUAUAGUCUCAAUCUGCUGCUUCUUCAGCCUGCUUGUCCUGGCCUUAGCAGAGGAGGAGGUGGAGGAUGUCCUGAGCCACAUCCUGAGAGACAGAUCACACAUCGACGAGACACUGAGGCUGGCCUCUGAGGAGAACGCAGCAGAAAACUAUCAUGCUGCUAUUCAGAAGUUACGUAAGAUCUACCACUCAGCCAUCAAGCCCAUGGAACAGGCCUAUAAGUACAACGAGCUCAGAGCACAUGAGAUCUCAGGCGGACGAACACUGGGGGAUGGGAACACAGAUGGGGAGAUCACCUCCAAGCCCAUGGUGUUGUUCCUUGGGCCCUGGAGUGUAGGCAAGUCCUCCAUGAUCAACUACCUGCUUGGCCUGAAGGAUAGCCCCUACCAGCUGUACACAGGUGCUGAGCCCACUACCUCUGAGUUCACUGUGAUCAUGCACGGCGAGAAGACCCGCUCCAUAGAGGGUAUCGUCAUGGCGGCCGACAGCUCGCGCUCCUUCUCGCCCCUGGAGAAGUUUGGGCAGAGCUUUCUUGAGAAGCUGAUUGGCAUUGAGAUGCCCCACAAGCUGCUGGAGCGCGUCACCUUCGUGGACACGCCUGGAAUCAUUGAGAACCGCAAGCAGCAGGAGAGAGGCUAUCCCUUCAACGAUGUGUGCCAGUGGUUCAUCGAUCGUGCCGACCUCAUCUUUGUGACCUUUGACCCCACCAAGCUGGACGUGGGCCUGGAGCUGGAGAUGCUCUUCCGCCAGCUGAAGGGCCGUGAGUCCCAGAUCCGCAUCAUCCUCAACAAGGCAGACAACCUGGCCACCCAGGACUUGAUGCGUGUCUACGGUGCCCUCUUCUGGUCGCUAGCACCCCUCAUCAACGUCACAGAGCCCCCAAGGGUCUACGUCAGCUCUUUCUGGCCUUUCGACUACGCACCCGACACCAGUCGCGAGCUGUUUAAGCGCGAGGAGAUCUCCCUCUUGGAAGACCUAAACCAGGUGAUCGAGAACCGCAUGGAGAACAAGAUCGCCUUCAUCCGCCAGCAUGCCAUCCGGGUGCGCAUCCAUGCACUUCUGGUGGACCGCUACGUUCAGACCUUCAAGGACAAGAUGAGCUACUUCAGUGACCCGGACCUGGUGUUCAAGGAGAUCGUGGACGACCCGGACAAGUUCUUCAUCUUCAAGUCCAUCCUGGCCAAGACCAACGUGAGCAAGUUCGACCUGCCCAACCGUGAAGCCUACCAGGACUUCUUCGGUGUGAAUCCGAUUGGCAGUUUCAAGUCCCUGUCCGCCCAGUGCUCCUACUCAGGCGGCUGCCUGCUGGACAAGAUCGAGAAGGCCAUCACCAGUGAGCUGCCGGGUCUUCUAAGCAGCAUCAACCCAGGCAAGGCCCCCCCCGGCCUGUCCUCCUGCGAGGCCACUGGAUGCGGAGACAAGCCUAAGAACCGCUAUCGGAAAAACUGAUAGAAUACGAGAGAGAGGAGGAGGGAAGAGAAUAAAGGAAGAAGAGGAGGUGUGAAGGAGUGAUAAAGGAAAAAGCGGAACGGUGACAUUGGUCAGACCCCCGGUCUUGUCAGACCCCCGGUCUGGUCAGACCCCCAGUCUGGUCAGACCCCCAGUCUGGUCAGACCCCCGGUCUGGUCAGACCCCCGGUCUUGUCAGAAGCCUGUAAUGUUGUUGUUUGAGGAGACAGAGAAGGGAAGGGUUCAUUUAGAGGGUUGUUUCUCAGGAGAACAAGAGGUGGUGGUGUGUUGAGGGUUUGGGGAGAGGAAGAGAUGGAGGGAGGAAGGGUUUGUGUGUAUGAUUUGGCAGCUGAGAAUAAUAGUUGCUUGGAGAGAUGAGAAGAUUACAGAAUAACUCAUCUCCCUCCUCUCUCCCUUGCACAACCACAAUGAACUGUCUGUGAUUGCAGGAAAAAUAUGUAAAAUUGUAUAAAAAUACAAAAUGGUGAGACUGAAACAGUCUACCACCAGCUCCCUUGUAUGUGAAUAAAAUGGGAAAUUGGAAACAGGAGUUGCCAAUUUGUUUUACAAAAUCUUAUUUGAAAAAUGCAUUGCAGCAGGUCUCAAUUCUCUGCGACGUUCUUUGUCUUUCUUUUUGAAGUCUGGGUUCAGUCCUUUCCACAGACAUUAGAUCUGGAUCUUUUUUCUCUCCUAUGAAGGCAUUAUAAGCUCAGCCUUUAGGUGUAAUAACACUGUCAAGAUGCCUUUUAACACUGCAUGUUAGAUGACAGAUGGUAUUUAUUUAAUAACUGAUGAUAUCAUAGGUGCAUGUAUUUACCUUUCUCAAUGUUCCCUUAAACAACUGACAAACCUUAUGGUGCAGUCCCAACAAACUCUAUGUACGGUGCUGUAAGAUGGUCCACUCUCUUGGCCAUCUUUGUUUUAUAUGCUUCUUCUCGCUCUCAGGUUGUUGACAGCCUGUGAUAUGAGCAGAGACGAAUGAGGAAGCGAGACAUCCUACUCCCUUAUUUUUUCUGGUUCAUAUGCAGUCCAUGAACUAAGUAGACCAGACCCAGCUGUUAUCACAUUGGUGUCUAUGGGAGAACACCCCUUAAGCAGACCGGAACUGUGACCAUUUUUUUCAAUGGUAAAAGGCCUGAGUGGGACAUCUUCAUUUAUCCACUAUCUUUGAUAUGAGCAGUGUCUUGAAUGCAGAUGUCAGGGUCAUGAUCUUCACAUCCUAUUGGUGGUAGGGUGGGGUGAUGGGGUAGGGGUUUGGGUGUACUCUGAUUCACUUCUUAACUAUGCUUACUUUGCUGUUGUUUGAGUAUAUACAUUUGCUAGCUUAGUUGCCAGGUCUGUUUGUGCUUUAGCCCUUCUAUCAUAUCGCAUGACAAAGUACAAACAGAGAAGAGUUGGCUAAAGCACAAACAAGUCUGGCAACCCAUCCAUGAAUCUUCCAUUGUCUGAUAGGAAUUCAAUACUGUAUUUCAAAGUUUUCUUUCUCCUUUAAAAUGAUACGCUUGCCAGCUGUUUAGCUGAAUGACCAACAGGAUAUAAAAGGGAAACAGGUUACAUGAAUGAUGGAGAACCUUCUCAUGGUGUGACAGUAAAUAAACCAAAUGAUGUGUGUUUGAGUGUGA